UCGAAGUUGUUUUUACGUAACCAGUCGAUUACUUCAUGAGGAAAAGAGUCUUUUGAGAGUUUCUCAUUCAUUUUGUCAGUAAAAAAUGAAUAGAUAAAUAUUAAAUGAGAUUAUAUUUUAUUUAAAGAAAAGCGUGACACAAACCCAGCCGCCCAGACAGCUAAACGACGAGAGAAGUCACGUCAGCUGUCAGCACGACCGCGCUCCACAUCCGGGAGUCUUGUAAAUAGUUCCAAAAAAGGCAAUGUUCUCCUUUUAUAUCUAAAUUUAAAAUUUAUGCCACCCGAAUCUUGCGGGUAAUUUCACAUUUUCCCGCCCAAAACUGUCUAAUAUUAUAAUUCCAGAUUUCCAGUUUAAUAUCACUGACUGCAGAGAGCGAUGGCUGGACGUAAAAUUUAAAAAAGGAAAUGUAAUUCAUAAUUGUAUUGAAAAAUGGCUAUGCUCUAUAGCUGUGAAAUGUGUUCAGGCAAUCGCGUGCCAUUUGUUGCGCUUAAUAUGGCAUUGAUUAUUAACCAUUAUGGGCGGUAUCAUCGUCACGAUCCUGAUUUUUUCGUCACAUGCAAGGUUGGAGGUUGUACUGCAUCAUAUAAAAAAUUUGAAGGCUACAAAAGUCAUCUGCGCCGUUUUCACAAAGACAUCGACCAGAUCCCUAUUAACAAAGAAGGAGAUGUAGAUGAUGUGGUGAAUGGUGAAGAAGACAUUCAAGACGAUCAAUGCCGUAUGAUGAUUGAUGAUCAUGAGGAGACCAUUGGCUAUCAUCAUGUCGACUUGAAAAGGCAGAACGCAUUGUUUCUACUGAAGACUAAGGAAAUGUAUCGGUUAACACAAACGGCGACUGAUGCACUUGUCUCUUGCACAACGUCCAUUGUUAAGAACUCUAUUGAACAGUUGAAAAAUAGGGUUACAAAAUGCUUAGACAACGUUGGAAUGCUACUCGGUGACAUUCCUGGACUGGAAAAUAUGUUCAGACAAGAUAGUAAUGAGAGCAACCCUUUCAAUGGCCUUCAAACCAAGACAGAACAGAAGUGUUAUUUUCGAGAUAAUUUUGGGCUUGUGGACCCUGAAAGAUAUAUUCUGGGACAUAAUCAUGUUCAAGUUAGAUCUGGUGUCCAUAGAAAAAGAAGUGCAAAGUUUGAUGAAAUGGUGAUCAUUCCUUUGCUAAAAAGCCUUGAGGCAAUGCUGAAUGAACCCUCUAUUCUUUAUGAGAUAAAGCAUUCACAUAAAAGCAGACAACCUGGUCGAAUUUGUGACUUCUGCGAUGGUGAGUUAUUCCAAAGGCAUCCACUGUUUUCAAAAGACAAGAGUGCGCUGCAAAUCAUUCUCUAUUAUGACGAAGUGGAAUGUGUCAACCCUCUUGGGAGCAAGACCAAGAAGCACAAAUUAGGACUGUUUUACUAUACAUUGGGUAACAUUAGUCCUGUACAUCGUUCCCAACUAAAGUCCAUUCAGUUGUUAGCUAUUGUGAAAAGGCCACUGAUAAUUAAAUAUGGUAUGAAUGCUAUUUUGGCACCCAUUAUGGAGCAGGUCUUGGAGCUCGAGCAAGAUGGUGGUUACCAGUUCACUAUAAAGGGUGUGAAAGAAUCAUUUGCUGGGACAAUAGCAUUUGUCUCUGGUGAUAAUUUAGGAUCACAAGAACUGGGAGGCUUCAAAGUUGGACCUGGCUCCCAUCUUAAAUGUAGAGACUGUUUAGGUAAAACUGAAGAUAUUAAAACAAAGUUUCGAGAAGACCAGUUUGUUCUACGUACUGCAGAUGAGCAUGAUGAUCAGUGUGACGAGAUUGAUGAAGAUCCUACUUUGGCUUCAACUUAUGGCAUAAAUUUCCGCUCAGCUUUGUGCCAGUCCAGGUACUUCCAUGUCAUUGGUGGAUUACCAGGUGACUCAAUGCAUGACAUAUUGGAAGGUUGCCUUCAGUAUGAGGCUAAAGAGCUUUUGAAGUACCUAAUUCAGGAGCGGAAAUAUUUCAAUCUUCAAUACCUGAAUUCCAGUCUGGAGAGUUUCGAUUUCGGAUACCAAAUGAGAAGAAUAACCAUCGGUAUUUCAGAUGCAACCCUGAAUUCAGAUAGCAACAAUCUUCAUCAAAAAGGUAUGUACCAUAAUUAA